CACUCAGGCUUUUGUUAUUUUACUUAUUCAGCAUUUUUGCUGCUUGGCAGCGAGCUAAAUCGGAGUGAAAAUGACGCUUUUGUGCAAACAACAAUUGCUGGGAAUUAGUAUUGCAAUUACAAGCAGAUUUGUAGAUUAUUGCACUGGUCUAUGGACAGAGGCUGAAUUUUGAAAACAAGAUCGGCAUGGAACCCUGGUUGUCGGAAGGAUCAGCAGAACUUUAUGCAACGAAUCCAAUACAUUUUCCAGACUUGGUGUAUGAUGUUGUGAUGCAACAUUUGAGAGAAAAGCGAAAAUCAACUUCAGACAAUAAAUUUGAUGUUCUUUUGGAUGCUGGAUGUGGAAAUGGCGAAGCUCUCAGGAAGUUUCUUCCGUAUUUUCAAUCAGCUAUUGGCUUUGAUAUAAGUGAGGAACAGAUAACGUUGGCUAAAACCAUGACUGACUUAGCAAAGACUAAAUAUUUCGUCGCUCGAGAAAAUUCUAUUCCUGCAGAAAAUAAUUCUGUCGACCUGUUGAUUAGUAUUGGAGCUGCUCACUAUAUGGAUAUUGACUCAUUCGUAGCGGAAUGUAAAAGAGUCCUUAAAGACGAUGGAUUGGUGGCAUUGUCUUCUGCUUCUGUCUCCGGAGUGGACGUCCUGCUUCCACCCAGCAAUGGAGAGUCGUCUCAAUCAGUGUCAGGAAAUCACAUUCUUGAGGAAUACUUUCUUAGACCAUUGCAUCAAUACCACUCUAAAGUUAAUCAUCCAUAUCUGAAAUGUUGUGAUAAUUACCUUGGCUUUUACAAUGAAAUAACUGGAUUGAAAAAAUAUCAGGCCAGCGAUAUUGAUUUAGAACACAAUGUUUCUUUGGCAGAAAUGAAGCAAUAUUUUGUUUCCAUGCCCACUUACAAAGUUUUCAAUGAUCUUUUCGAUGCUGAUGUUGCUCCUCUUAAAGUCAUGGGAGACAAACUGAAAGAAUACGUUAACGAGACUGGAAUAUCUGACAUCGACUUGAGAUUGAAAUUCAAAAUCAAAGUCUUUUAUAUUUUUAUGUGUAAAUAAGUAUACAUAUGUAAUUUAUAUAUUUAUUUCUAUAUUCAGAUCGCAUCCAACUUGAUUUGUAAAACGUAAUCCGAUUUAUCUGGCCUUAUUACCGCCUUACUUAUGUGAUAUUUGCCAAAAAAAACAGAGGGUUAAUUAGUUGGUUUCUGCGAGACUGACUAUACUUCUCCUUUUCCUGGGCUUUUGUGCAGGAGGAUCCGUAUGCAUAUAAUGCAAUGAUGCUGUAGCAAGAGUAAAUAUAACUAUCCUAAGUGAUUCAAGUGACUCUUGAAUCACUUAAGAAAAUUAGUGGUGUAUGGAAAUUUCAAAAUUAUUUCAAAAUUGUGUGCCAUUGUAUGCUGGAUCAGUUUACUUAUUAGGAUCACGGUUGGAGCAAUGGCGCAAGAUAUCUCAUGAUAACUAAAGUAGUUACUAUCGUAGUCACAUUUUCAUCUACAAAAGUAUUUUCAUCUAAAAUUCAUAAUCUAAUAAUAUACAUAAUC